GUUAUUAUCGUCGCCUACUCGUUAUUUUACCUGCCUGGAUCUCGAUCUACGCUUCGACCACCGGUUUAUUUUUUGACACCUAGGUUUAGGGCUGCUGCCUGAGUCGACUCGGCCCCCCUUUUCAUGCAUGAUUAUGGCAUUUUACGGCUUCACAUUCAUUAUUCAUCGGCACCAAGGCUUCUCAGCUGCAUUUUUGCUUUUUGUCUCACAUAUACACUAGCGGGGGCAUGCCACUCUUCCGUGUUUUUUAUUUUAUUAUUUUAUUUUGACCCUUUUGUUUAUUUUCUUUGUAUAUUUCCCCCAGCCAGUCUAUACUGUUGCUAUGGAGGGGGUGGAGGGGGAGGACUGUUGAAAUCUAGGAUGAGAAGAAGGAGGAUGCCUGCUUGAGUUUACGUUACUGGGGUUGAAGUUGAUAUCUUAAGAAGACAUGAUGCGGGGGCAAUGAGGAAGAGGUGGAAAAGGGGAAACCAGAAUCCUGUGGACAAAUGAAGGACUGGUGGAUAUUAUAUA